AAGUCUGUGACCUUCUGUCAUUUCGUGCAUCUGUGUUUAUGCGCGAGCAGACAACAGCUGAUUGUUUAUUUUGGACACACACUGACGGGGAGAGACGUUUAAAUUUAGUAAAAUAACAAAGCAAUAUUGUGUUGACUGUAUCGUCAUCAGUGCGUCGCAUUUAAUUGUUAUCAUAUUUUGUUCUAUCAUGAAAACCCGACGUAUAAAAAGAUAGUCAGCGGUCGAAUGUAAAAAGUGACCUUUGUGACGAUAAUUUAUAUGUGCUCCACACAUAAAAUACUGAACACAUACGGAAUUAUAAGUGAUUUGUCAAGAAUUCAUUGUCGAGAAUCAUGUCAACCAUGUCAGAAAAUCCCACAUUUAAACAGCCUAUCAGACGUUUGGAAAUCCAGAUUAAUAAUUUCAACAUUGCUAUUCCUCAUCAUGUAAAUUUACUAAAGCGACACAAAAACAAUAUCAAAAAGUAUCAAGAUCAGCGUGACUGGGAACAAGUGCGAAAAGAACAUGUAAAUGUUUCUCGUAUUAUCAAGCAAUUGAAAGAGUUAUUGUAUCAAAUGGAUACUCUUAGAGCACAAGUUCUUGAUGCCGACAUUGAUAAAUUUGAUAAACUGACACGGAGUGCACGUACGAGUAUCAUGAAUGCAAUUGAAGAAUAUUUAGAAAUGCAGUUAAAUUGUUCAACAUCGCCACCAUCAUUCAAAUCUCAACAUCAAGAAAUGCAACAUCCACUUGAUGACAAUAUCCAGCUACAAGCAGAAAAAGAGGAUUUUCUGCGUCAGCAAGCAUGUCUGGAAGUUUGGAAUUCUUUGCAAGAAGAAAUACAACAAUUACAUGAACUCUUCAUUGAAUUUAAUAAAGUUGUGCAUGAUCAAAAGGAAAUGGUAGAAAAUAUAGAAGACAAUAUUGAAGAAACUCAAAUAAAUGUGACUCAGGGUGAAAAGUACCUGCAGAAAGCCUCAAAAUAUAAAGCAGCUGCUUAUCCUAUAGCAGGUGCUGUAUUAGGAACAUGUAUUGGAGGACCACUAGGUUUAUUAGCUGGAAUAAAAAUUGGUGGUCUUGCUGCACUGAGUUGUGGUAUUUUAGGUUUUACAGGAGGAUCGUUAUUGAAAAAAAAACAGAUAGAAUUGCUAAACGUAGAAUCAGAUUUAAACAAAUCAACAAUUGAUCUUAAAAGUGUUAAAAAAUCUGCUUCCUAUCCUGAUAGUUUGAAAGAUGAAAAAAAAAAUUUGUGACAAAACAUGACUACGUCAGCAUGUGACAUAAAUUUUAAACAAAAAAAGAAAUGCAAUCUUGUAUAAAUUUUAAAAUGUAAAGAUUUUCUCUUUUUUUAUUUCUUAUUGUGAAUAGAUGUUUUAUUUGUAUAUAAAUUAAUAUAGUGUUUUUGUGAAGAUCUUUUAACACUUUUACGAAUUUACUAUUUAUAUAACUUUACAACACACAUUGCCUAGUCGGAAAAUUUGGUCUAAUUUAUGUGAAUUUUUGUGAAGUUAUUUACGUAAAACCGCAAAAUAUGCGAUCAUUUGUGUUUCAUGUCGCGUUUUUGUGGUUUUUUUUUUUUUUUUUUUUUUUUUAAAUGUUAUAUUUGACAAAAGAAUCGUUCGAUCAUGAUAAGAAGAGAUAACUCUUAUAAAACAAUGACUUUUGUAUGCCUUUCGCGUGCCUUGUAAAGCUGCUUCAAACCAGUAAAGAGCUACGUAUUAAUGCUCCGCAAUACUUUUCAAAACUUAUGAUUCUCUGCAAUAAUAACUUAUCAAAUUAUUAAGCUUACAUCACAUUCAAAUUAUUACACUUACAUCACAAUCUCAAGGAAAACCUUAUAAAGGUAAGAAUGGUAAAUAUCAGUAAGUAAAUUUUGUUUCAUAAAUAUUAUGCGCAUUCUUAUGGUAUACAGAUAUGCUUUAUGACAAAAAUAAGUCAAUUUUGUGAUAUACAUUAUGCUCUUUAAAUUUUGUAUAUAUUUGAUUAUUUCGUCUAAAAUAUAUGUAAUUACAAAAAAUAUAUAUCAUUGACCUAAACAUAUGUGUGUUUACAUAUUGGAAAAUAGAAUAGUGAUGUGCGGGGUAAUAAUAUUGACGUCAAAAGACUGAAAUUCUCUACAAAAGGCACCCAAUACAGUAUAUUUAGCAAGUAAUAAAAUACAUCGGUGUUAGACAAGGUACAAUACUGAAAAUAAUCGUGUUAAAAUGUAAUAUAUACAUUUCAUUCAUAAUAUGGAAAUAUACUUAAUCUAAGGACUAAAGUGUUCUCUACUUAAAAAAAUAUGAAUAAAUAUCUAAAAUCGUGUAAUAUA